GGAUCCGUCAGGAACAGCGACGAGUGGUCCGAACCUUCUUCCCCCGUCCUUCCCUUUCCCUUUCCUCUCACAGGAAAGGCUGAGACCCGGUACCGGGGCCAUCCGGUGGCCGCCGCUGCCUCAGCUCCAGCCAGGCCUGGAGUGCUCCCGAUUGUGACAUCACAUCCAUCCCUUGGCGAUGGAACUUGUCACUAGGAAGGAAGAUUCAGUCGGUGAUUAGCCAACAAGAUGGGUUUCUUGGAGUAUCUCCUGAGUGGCACUGAGUGGAGGCAUCAGGGGGUUGGAACCUUGUAAACAGGGAACCUACCCCCCACCAUUUGGAAGGACCUGGGUUUCAGUGAUGAGACAUGGGGUAUGAUGUAACACGUUUCCAGGGGGAUGUUGAUGAAGACCUUAUCUGCCCUAUUUGCAGUGGAGUCUUGGAGGAGCCAGUCCAGGCGCCUCACUGUGAACAUGCUUUCUGCAAUGCCUGCAUCACCCAGUGGUUCUCUCAGCAGCAGACGUGUCCCGUAGACCGUAGUGUUGUGACAGUCGCCCACUUGCGCCCAGUACCUCGGAUCAUGCGGAAUAUGCUAUCAAAGUUGCAGAUUGCCUGUGACAACGCUGUGUUUGGCUGCAGUGCCAUUGUCCGGCUCGACAACCUCAUGUCUCACCUCAGCGACUGUGAGCACAACCCGAAGCGGCCUGUGACCUGUGAACAGGGCUGUGGCCUGGAGAUGCCCAAAGAUGAGCUGCCAAACCACAAUUGCAUUAAGCACCUGCGCUCCGUGGUACAGCAACAGCAGACACGUAUUGCAGAGCUGGAGAAAACGUCAGCUGAACACAAACACCAGCUGGCAGAGCAGAAGCGGGAUAUCCAGCUACUAAAGGCAUACAUGCGUGCAAUCCGCAGUGUUAACCCCAACCUUCAGAACCUGGAGGAGACAAUUGAAUACAACGAGAUCCUUGAGUGGGUGAACUCCCUGCAGCCAGCAAGAGUGACGCGGUGGGGAGGGAUGAUCUCCACACCGGAUGCUGUCCUCCAGGCCGUCAUCAAGCGCUCCCUGGUGGAGAGUGGCUGCCCUGCCUCUAUUGUCAACGAGCUGAUUGAAAAUGCCCACGAACGUAGUUGGCCCCAGGGCCUGGCCACACUAGAGACAAGACAGAUGAACCGGCGCUACUACGAGAACUACGUGGCCAAGCGCAUUCCUGGCAAGCAGGCCGUUGUCGUAAUGGCCUGCGAGAACCAGCAUAUGGGUGAUGACAUGGUGCAGGAGCCGGGGCUUGUCAUGAUAUUUGCGCAUGGUGUGGAGGAGAUAUAGGAGACUCGAUCAGCUGUCAGGAAGAGAUGGAAGUCAGAAAAACUCUCAUCACUCCAGCAACUGGGCCCUGAAUCCUUCCCACUAUCCUUAAUGCCAUGACCGGCACUGGAGCCACACAUUCCCCUGCCCUUCUGACACAGAAGGGCCCUGGGACACUUAGAUCAGCCUUUUGGGAGGGAGACUCAGAUUCCUGCCUUUUGCCAUAUUUCUUCCCCUAAAAUGUCUGUCAGUGUACAGUUGGGGUGGGAGAGUCCUGCCAAAGGUCCCUGGUUCUAGAUAUUUUCAGAAAGCACAAGAGAUUUGGUUUCCCUAGAGGAUCAAGAUGGAGUGAGGAGUCUUAAUCAUUGUCCCUCUCCUCCAAAACCAGGGAAUCAGAACAGGCAGACCUAUUGGCUCUAAGCUGCAUUUAGAGGGCAGCUCUGAGGAGCAGACUUCCUGAAGGAAUUGUAAGGGUGGAACCAAGACCCUAGAAGUCAGUAGUGAGGCCAGGAGUUGGCCAUCACUGGUAACCCUUAGGGGACCAUUGGACCUGUGUGCCAAGCACAUCCCUGUACGGCCCACCUUAAAGGUGCAGGCUCCUGCUGGGUCUGCAGGUAUACAGGUUGGAUUGCUGAAAAUUUCCAGAUGAGCUCUUUUUUUUCCUACGUGUUUUCAUAAUUAGGGAAUGACAGCAUUGGGAGUAGGGGCUAGACUAUUGGGGUUCAUAUGCUCAGCGAAGUGGCUGCUCUCUGGCUUUUGCUGGAGUAGGAUAGGCAUUGCCUCUUGUGGCAUGUCCAUAAUAGUUCAUACACUCCUCUCUGUGAUUAUAGUGAGUUAUUUUGAUAAUUUCCUUUGGCUGUUUGUUUAUACUCCACAAAUCCCAUCUGUUUCCCACUUUUUUUUUUUUUUAAGAAUGGCCUGGUUAUGGCUACCUUACUCUCUAGCCCAGCCACAUUGUUGGCAAUUUAAUUUAUUUACUUUUUUUUUUUUAAAGAAAGGAAAAAAGAAAAAAAA